AUGUUGAUAUCACUUUUCGGCUACUACGGAGCGUCGACAAACGGGUUCUUCCGCGGCUUCGACCCGCGGCCCGGGUUCGCAUUCAAGGGCGCCGGGCCACUCUACGGCCUAGGACCCGCCAAGGACCUGAGUCCCAAGGGCGCCGUGGAGGCGACUGCAGUCGGCGGAGGUGGUCUCGGUGGUGUGACGACGUCGGCCAUGCUGGACAUGUCGUCCACCCAGGCCCUGCUGAACGUGGUGCGGAAUGCGAGCCCGCAGAACGCGGCCCAGCUCGAGAACUACCUCCGCAACGUCAUGGGCCACAAGCGGGCCAUGGACGCCGCUGCUCCGCCGGCGGGCGCCGCCAACCCGCUCGACCUGUCCCAGCCGCCCAUCAAGAAGACCAAGCUCGACUACGACUUGCACCCGUACGGCAGCCGAGACUUCAAGGACCUGUUCGGCCUGCGGUCGACGUCGUCGUCGUCGUCGUCCAUGCCCUCGGACAAGGAGGACACCGUUCCCAAGGCCGCCUCGCCGACGGGCUCGUCCGCGUCCGUCUGUUCCCCGAGAGGCGGCCUGCAGCAGCAGCAGCAGCAGCCCGCGACGCCAACCAGCAAGCAGCUGCAAGGACCUCCGCAGUCGCCGUCGUCGUCGUCGGUGGGCCAGCAGCAGCAGCAGCAGCAGCAGCCGGGCUGCCUGGCCUCGUGCGGCGACCGCCUCUGCGCCGCCAAGCGCGAGGAAGUCGAGGCCUGGGGCGUCGACCAGGUCUGCGGCUUCGUCCGCUCCAUCGACAUCUGCGCCGACUACGCCGACGUGACACACGCUGCACGCAAGACGGAUGAUUUAGGUGGAGCGAAAAGGUGCCCGAUCGCAUUUGCAUCCGCGGCGGCGAUGAGUGCUUUUGAUUCACGGCGGCCUCGCGUGGGCGUCCCUGUUCGGGCGGCGGUUAUGAAUAUUUGCGCACCUGUUGCUCCCGAUCCGUCGCCGCGAUCCAUCACUCGCGGAGCGGUGAGUAAUGACCGCCUCCUCCUCGUCGAUCACGAGUCGAGGCGAGGCGCGCGUGUGCCGCCUUAUGGUCUCCUCGCAUCCGGGAUUUAUUAUCGCGAGUCGACUCUGUCCUCUGGCGUCGCUUCCAUGCCGAGUCCGUACAGUACGUCCAUCCGACAGCAUAAAUCUGGACGCCACGUAUCAGACGAGAGAACGACCGCCGCCCGUGUUGGCAAUACUGACUGGCUUAAUCUUUGUUCCUUGGCGGCGGUGGCGGCUGCUGCUGCUGCUGCUGCUGCUGGUCGACAAUCGGUCCUCGGGGUUCAUCAGGGCGGCUGUGGUUCGGGUACUGCUGUGUGUGUAGGCAUGACUCUUUGUUUGCUGUGCCACGCCCUUUGA